GAAAAUAAAUAGGUUGUCUUGUUUUGUUUAGCCAAAAUCUGUGUUUUUGAAUAAUAAAGUUUACCAAAAUGAUUUUAUUAAAAUCAACUUAAAUAAGUGAAAGUUAUGUGUCGUGACUUUAAAAUUUUAAUUAUAUUUUCGUACAUUUUAUGUUUUAAAGUAUUUUAUAUAAACUCUAAAAGAUCUCAAUUAUGGAAAUUGAGUCCAGACAAAACAAAAAUUAUAAAAGGUACCGAUCCCCAGCCUCUACUGUAUCCUAAAGAAUUUUCGGGGAAACAUUCCAUUACAGGAGAUCCACUAUUUGACAUUGUUGAUACAGAAAGAUAUGGAAAUUCAUGGAUUAAACAUCCUCAACAAAGCUGUCUAGACUGUGUUGAAGAGCAGGAAAAUGAUACUCAUUCAAAGUUAUCCAAUGGACAAUUUUCAGAAACAUUAGACUGUGGAAAACCAGUCAACUUUACAUACUUUGACAACUUAGUAGGCGUCAUGAACAGAAAUAGACAUCCUGUAGUUCCAGAACCACAAGCUGUGCUCUACUUUACCAAGAAUUUUGGAAAAAGUAAGCCCGAUGUUAAAAAUUUUGAUAUCGAUGCCUUGGAAAGGAGGUUGAAAAAGGCAAAAAGAGAGAGGCCGAAGUCUAUUCAACUGUACAAUCAAAUUGGAAAUUUUUGGAGGAUAAAAGGGGAUGCAAGCAAAGCUAUUGAAUGCUUUCGGAGGGCUCUAGCUGCUUCGCCUCACAACGCUGAGGUCCUUCUAAGUCUUGCUAGAAUGUUGUUUUCUCUACAAUACUUAGAUGAUGCCAUAUAUUUGACAAGAAGGUCAUUAGAAGUCCAGACUCCUGAAAAAGGAGCGUGGCAACAAUAUUUCACGUUAGGAGAGAUCUUCAAGGCUUAUGGCCACUACCAAGAGGCAUCUAUACAUCUGCGGCAUACAUUGGAACUAAAUCCAAAAUUUGAACCUGCUCAUCUGGCUUUACAAGAAAUGGAAGCCAUUCCCACCGCUACCAUUCACAUGUACACAUUGGUUAUAAUAGUAUGUUUGGUGUUGGGUGUCCUCUUGGUCAUCUUAUCCUCUGUAGAUAAUUCCGAAGAUAUAAAGCCUCAACGACAUUUCAACAAAGCGAUGGCCAUGAGGUCCCUGAAGGGGAUCUCGAUGACAGCGAAACGAUGUAAACGGACAUACUAGUUGUCGAAUAAAGUCAAUGUUUAUUACUUUAUUAUACCUAUUUGAAAAUCGCA